AUGUCCAGCGAUAAUCUUACAACAGCAUACAAUGCAGCUACAGUCAGAAACAAUUAUACAACAGUAAACAGCGCAACAAUAACUGAUGACAAUUACACAACAUACAAUACAACUAUAGCUACCGACAAUUAUCCAACAGUAUACACUCAAACUACAUCAAGCAAAAAUGACAGUACAGUGUAUAAUGCAAAUAUAGCUGGUAGCAAUUACACAACAAUGUACAGUGAAACCACAGCUGGUAACAGUUACAUAGAAACUAGCGAUAUUUACAAAAGAACUACAGCCAGCGACAAUUAUACAACAGUGUUCAGUGCACAUACAAGUGUCAAAAAUGUAACAACAGGUUACAGUACAACUACAGCAAACAACAAUUACACAACAGUGAGCCCAUUUCUAACAACUCUGAACAGUACAACAGUGUACAAUUCAGUUACUUCUGACAAUAAUGACAGACAAACUGGAAAUAGUUACAAUACAACUACAGCCAACAACAAUUCUACAACACUGUACAAUACAGCUAUGUCCAGCAAUAAUUUUACAACAGCAUACAAUGCAACUACAGCCAAAAACAGUUAUACAACAGUCAACAGUGCAACAACAACUGUUGACACUUACACAACAUACAAUACAACUAUAGCUGCCGACAGUCAUCCAACAGCAUACACUCAAACUACAUCAAGCAAAAAUGACAAUACAGUGUCUAAUGCAACUAUAGCUGGUAGAAAUUACACAACAGUGUACAGUGAAACCACAGCUGGUAACAGUUUCAUAGAAACUAGCAAUAUUUACAAUACAACAACAGCCAGCAACAAUUACACAACAGUGAGCCCAUUUUUAACAACUCCGAACAGUACAACAGUGUACAAUUCAAUUACAUCUGGCAACAAUGACAGAGAAACUGACAACAAUUACAACACAACUACAACCAAUAUUUCUUCUACAACAGUGUAUAAUACAGCUGUGUCCAACAACAAUUAUACAACAGCGUACAAUGCAACUACGGUCAGAAACAAUGACAGACAACCUGGCAACAGCUACAACGCAACCACAGCCAACAAUAAUUCUACAACAGUUUACAGUGCAACUACAGAGAGAAACAAUUAUACAACAGUUGAUGGCACAACCACAGCUGGUAACAAUUACAUAAUCCCACAAAAUACAACUUCAGUAAUUCCACAUUAG